AUGUCAUACUACCUAAACAAGAUCAAUCCUAUACCGACACUUCCGGAGUAUACAGGACCUUACAUAGUCGGCACCAUUGACGUCGAGAUCCCAAUCUCAGGCCUAAAUGCUCCGAGCGAGGCACCCGAAAACGCGGCCGACAUUCACACAAUUCAGUUUCGCAUCUUCUACCCAGCUCAGCCAGACUCGAGAGGCAAGAGGAUCACGUGGCUCCCUGCUCCUCAGAGGAGCCAUGUCUCGGCCUACACAAAGUUCCUGGGCUUUGGUGCUGUCACUUCCGAGAUUCUCUCGUUCUUCCCUCGACACGUACACUACACCACGAUUCCCGUCUUUAAGAACGCAUCGAUUCUCGAACCCGAACACCUUCCAAACAAGCGAUGGCCCACAAUGAUCUUCUCCCACGGUCUGGGGGGAAACCGCAAUGCAUAUUCGCACAUCGUAGGGUCUAUGGCCUCGCACGGCGUCGUCGUCAUAUGUCCCGAACAUCGCGACGGAAGCGCGGCUGUCUCGUUUAUUCGUGACCCUACGGCGCAGAACAGCCGAUUUAUGGGAAACACUAGGCGUGUUGUGCCCUACGUGAAGAUUUCCCACGACCAGAACCGGCAGACAUGGGACGCCCGGAACCAACAGCUGAAGGUGCGGCUCUGGGAACUUGGUCUGACGCAUGAGGCAAUACUUGAUAUCGAUGCUGGCCUGGACAUGCACAACCUGAAUACGAGCACACCUGUCGCAUCCCUCUCUCAGUUCACCUCGAAGCUCGACGUGCAGAAGCCUGGGUCGAUCAUCUUUGGCGGGCAUUCGUUUGGAGCCGCAACGGCCGUUCAGCUCCUCAAGUCGACAUACUACGCUGGCUCUCCCGAGCUGGAGGCCAUUGAGGAGCCGCUUUAUUGUCCAGCGGCCGGUAGUCGCAUUCGCGCACAAAUUACAUCCAAGAACCCCAUCAUGAUGCUCGAUAUGUGGUGCUUUCCCCUCGUCUCCCCCACCACGACAGCCCUGUACAGCCUACCCCUCCCAGCAUACGCUGAUAACGACCCGACGGCACCAGGCGGCGCCUCGGUAUUGGCUAUCGAGUCGGAGACCUUCUUCAAGUGGACUGAACACCUUCACGCCAUGUGCCGCAUCAUCUCGCCGAGACCUAGCGCCCCCGUUGUCAGCGCGUCAGCGUUUGAGCGUCCCGGAUCAGGCGUGAGGCUGCCCGAGCCGAACUUCUUUUACGUCAUCAACAGCGCGCACCUGAACCAGAGCGACUUUGGGGUCUUGUUUCCGUGGUUGACGAAGAAGGUCUUUGGUGCCGAGCAGCCCGAGCGUGCACUCCGCCUGAACGUGAGGGCCAUGCUGCAACUCCUCAGGAAGAACGGCGUGCCGGUUGCGAGGACGUGGUCCGGAGACCUUGUGGAGGGCGCGGAAGUUUCGGACAAGCUCGAUGCCCCAGAGGCUGCCGCUGGUGGUGGCGAUGACGCUGGCGGGAACGACAGCCUCGAGGACGGCCUUUUGGAUGACAAGGCCAUCUUCGACCGCAGCGGGCACGGGACCGUCGACUACUGGAAGUGGAUCGACAUCGUGGGCAUGGGUGGGGAGUCCGACCACAGCGGCAAGGAUGGUAAGCCGGAGGGCGUCGAGGGCGAGAGCGAGAUGGAGACGGAGAUAGAGGGCGCGACGAGCCCACAGCCGCCCACCGCGGUGGAUGCCCGUGCUUGA